CUCGUUUUUGGCCACAAGAUUGUCAAAUCUUUCCUUCUUGCGCAGCUUAUAUCGAUCGCUCGCAACUUGGACAUCCGGACAUCAGAUCAAGCCUUAGCAGAUCGAAAAUAUCGCGAAUACCUCCCGGCACUGCUCUAGUAUCUGUUCUUGAAGAUCAGGUCCGCUCAACAACCGCUGUCCUCAGAAUAUCGAGAUGCCACCCAAGGCAAAGGCACCAUCGUUCGGAUCGCAGGACUACUGGGACCAACGCUUCACCACCAACACGGCACCAUUCGAUUGGCUCUCCGCGCCGGAGGCUCUGGAUCCCGUGAUCACUGAAGCACUCGGUUCCAUAGACGAUGCGGCACCGGAGAUACUGCACAUAGGCUGUGGAUCGUCGUUGCUAUCACAGCAUCUGAAGACACAUGUAAGACGUGCUCAGCAGGUGCAUAAUGUGGAUUACUCUAGGGUUGUUAUCGAAGCGGAGGAACUGCGCGAAAUGAUGUCGAUGAAUGGUAACGUAGUCGCUUGCACAAGAUGGAGCGCUGUAGAUCUCCUGGAUUACACAUCGCUCAUCGGAGCCUGCGACCUCAGCAAGUACUCGGUCGUAAUCGACAAGUCGACUUCUGACGCGAUCUCGUGUGCCGAAGAUGUGCUUUGCUCGCUACCAUACGCCGUCUCCUCCAAACAGCGUGAAUCGACCGAUAGAAUGGUUGAGGUCGAGCUGAAAGAGAUACCAGUCCAUCCAUUGGAACUCAUGGCCGUACACCUGGCGCUCGUAACAAAGCCUGGUGCGAGAUGGUUAUCACUCUCCUACACUUCAGAAAGAUAUACAUUUCUUGAAGGAGAACCGACGAAGACAGAGGAAGAUGGCACGGGGAACACUGGCAUCCCGGACCCUAGACUGCUGUGGACUGUGGUUGAGGACCCCCACACCACUUUUCAUCCAUGA